UGAGAAACCUGGCAGUUUAUUCCUUGCCCACAAUGCACCAUUUGUAUUCUAUUGAAGUAUCAGAUGUUUCCAGUCUUGUUCAAAUUGGCAUCACAAUGGACACAAUAUAUCUUCUAGAAGGAAUAUAUGAUAACCAUGAGAGGUUAUCUGAAGGUCUGGUCAGCGUGCUUGCACUGAGAUGUCUAACAGAAGCUUUACCAGAAAACAGGUUAAGUCGAUUACUUCACAAGCUUAAAUUUGAGGAAGCAGAAAAGUUUGCUAUACAGUUUGGACUGGAUGUUGAGCUUGUGUAUAAAGUUAAAGUCAACACCAUACUGGAGAAAAUGGCAUCCGCAUCCAUUGGAAGUUAUGGACAGUCUCUCUGGCAGGAGCUUGUGGAUGAAGCAAAAGACAGUCUAGUGAAAAUAAAGGAUGACAAUUUUGUGACUGAGUACUGUGUUAAUGCCCCCUGGCCUACAUAUGAAACAGCCUUUGAUAUG